AACAAAACAAAAAUUCAAUGACCCCAACGCCGUAAAAAAGGCAUAGUUUAUCUGAACACAAAUUCUUAGACAGGCUUUGGCGUUGCAAUUAAGAAAAAAAAAAAAAAAGAGAAAAAGCUGGAAAUGUUGCUUGACUCACAAGACCUUCAACUUUGAUCAGUCUGCAAUUCCAAUCCAAUAAUUUUAAGUUUCAAAUCCCAAGUCCCAUCCCAGGAGAUUCCCUGAAGAAUCCCUGAACGAUGGUGUUAUCACAGAAGAUUCACGAAGCUUUCAAAGGAACUGUUGAGAGAAUUACCGGACCUCGUACUGUUUCUGCUUUCAAAGAAAAAGGGGUUCUCUCUGUCUCUGAGUUCAUUCUCGCUGGUGAUAAUCUCGUCACCAAAUGCCCUACUUGGUCUUGGGAAUCUGGUGAGCCCAGCAAAAGGAAGGCUUACUUACCGCCUGAGAAACAAUUCUUGAUAACUAGAAAUGUUCCUUGUCUUCGGCGGGCUGCAUCUGUGGAGGAAGAAUAUGAAGCUGCUGGAGAAGAAAUUCUUCUUGAUAAUGAAGAUAAUGAUGGCUGGUUGGCUACUCAUGGAAAACCGAAAGAACCUGUGCCUGAUGAGGAGGAAAACUUGCCCUCUAUGGAGUCAUUAGAAAUCAAGGAAACCAAACUCAUACAGUCUAUAUCUUCAUACUUUGGAGGCGAAGACGAUGAUAUUCCUGACAUGGCCGAAUAUGAAGGACAGGACAAUGUCAUUGAAGAAGAUCCUGCAACUCUUUCAACUACAUAUCUGGUUGCUCAUGAACCCGAUGAUGAAAAUAUACUGCGAACACGUACAUAUGAUGUCAGCAUUACGUACGACAAGUAUUAUCAAACUCCACGCAUAUGGCUUACUGGUUAUGAUGAGUCAAGGAUGCUUUUGCAACCAGAGCUUGUGUUGGAAGAUGUUAGCCAAGACCAUGCUCACAAAACGGUGACUAUUGAAGAUCAUCCUCAUUUGCCUGGAAAGCAUGCUUCUGUGCAUCCGUGCAAACAUGGUGCAGUGAUGAAGAAAAUUAUUGAUGUACUGAUGUCACGUGGGGUUGAGCCAGAAGUUGACAAGUACCUCUUCUUAUUUUUGAAAUUCAUGGCAUCAAUUAUUCCCACUAUUGAGUACGAUUACACUAUGGAUUUUGACAUGGGAAGCAGCAGUUGAUACAGCAUACAGGUUAAUGGAAGCGACAACAUGAAAGAAGUGCAAAAAAUGUGUUUGCUUCAUUCAUCCUGAUUGAUUGUCAAACCUGUGCUCUUCUGUACAUAUUUACUAAAUACUGCUCUUUUAUCUGACUUUGCUCUUUGUUGGCUGUACAGUUUGUGUACGCUAUCAGUCUUCAUCUGUUCACUCUUAAACUUAUUCAUGAAAAAGUUGCCAAACUUUCUGUGAUGAUUGAUAAGUAAUAAAAUUAAAAGAAAAAAACCUGUGAUUAUUUUAUGUUA